AUGAAGAGUGUCAUGAAACAGAUGUUCUUGAGUGAAGAUUACAUGCACAAUAAUUAUUUGCAGCUGUAUGACUUGAGACAAAGGGAGAAGUCCGUGGCGGAGUUUACAAGGGAAUUUGAACAUCUCAUGCUCAAGUGUGACAUAUCUGAACCGGAUGAGCAAACUAUUGCGAGGUAUUUGAGGGGGUUGAGGGUUGAGAUUACAGAUGCGGUGGUACUUCUACCUUAUUGGACAUAUACCGAGGUGAAGAGGUUGGCUAUUAAGGUAGAAAAACAAAGGGGUCACAAACCCGGAUAUCAAACACCUACGAGUUCUUCUAGCAACACUACACCUCCAAGUAAUUCUAAAAAGGUGGAGGUCCCAAGAGAACAAGCUAAUUCCUCGAAGACUUUCCAAAGGCCUAUCAAUAAGCCGGAGGGAAAGAAGUGUUUCAAGUGCCAAGGACUUGGGCAUAUUGCAACGGAUUGCCCAAAUCGAAGAGUGAUUACCAUCCUAGAGGGGGAGGAGACGGCUUAUGUAGAGUAUUCAGAAGAAGAAGUAAAAGAGUCAACUGAAGUGGAGGAGAUUUUACAUACGGAUGAGGGAGAGAGUUUAGUAAUUCAACGUUGUUUGCAAACAACCAUUGGGACUGAAGAUAGUUGGGUGCGAGAGUGUAUUUUCUUCACUAAGUGCACGACCCAGGGCAAGGUGUGCAAGGUAAUCAUUGACGGAGGAAGUUGCACUAAUGUUGUGGCCCUGACUAUGGUUCAAAAGUUGGGAUUACCAACCGAGACCCAUCCUCAUCCUUACAAUCUUCAAUGGUUCCAAAAGGGAAAGAGCACAAGAGUGGAGAAGCGGUGUCUAGUGGAAUUUUCUAUUGGCAAGACAUAUAGCGAUACCGUUUGGUGUGACGUCGUUCCCAUGGAUGCUUGUCAUAUUUUACUGGGGCGACCUUGGCAAUAUGAUCGAAAGGUUAGUCAUGAUGGUUUUCGCAAUACUUAUUCUUUUAGUAAAGAUGGAAGAAAAAUUGUGUUAGCACCAAUGAAGAUGAAGCCCGAUGCUGAAAAAGAAAACGAAAAGGGGAAUGGUGGGGUAUUUUUGACAGGCUCCCAAAUUAUGAGGGAAGCCGAAAUGGAACAAAAUUUGUAUGCUUUAGUAGUGGUGGAGCGUGGGAGUGAGAAGAAUGAUGGAGAUGGUAUGCCUUCACAUCCUUUGUUGCACCCUAUCUUAGAGAAAUUUUCUGAUGUUAUUCCUAGUGAGAUUCCACCGGGAUUACCACCCAAGAGAUCCAUUCAACAUUGUAUUGAUCUUGUGCCGGGUGCUUCUUUACCUAACAAAGCGGCAUAUCGCAUGAAUCCCUCCCAAAGUGCGGAAUUACAAAGGCAAGUUGAAGAGUUGUUAGCGAAAGGGGUUGUGAGGGAAAGCAUGAGUCCUUGUGCGGUACCGGCGCUACUUGUACCAAAGAAGGAUGGAUCUUGGAGAAUGUGUGUCGAUAGUAGAGCCAUCAACAAAAUUACUAUCAAAUACCAUUUUCCAAUUCCUAGAUUGGAUGAUAUGUUGGACCAACUUUAUGGAGCUAGUGUAUUUUCAAAGAUUGAUUUGCGGAGUGGGUACCAUCAAAUUCGAAUGAGAGAAGGGGAUGAAUGGAAGACGGCAUUCAAAACCGGUCAAGGGUUAUAUGAAUGGUUAGUAAUGUCAUUCAGGUUAUCCAAUGCUCCAAGUACUUUCAUGCGAUUGAUGAAAGAGAUCUUUAGACCUUUCAUGGGUAAGUUUCUUGUUGUUUAUUUUGAUGAUAUCUUGAUUUAG